GCGGCUGCUGCGGAAGAGGGGAAAGGUUUUGAGGACGGACCCAAGAUGGCCGCCGCCUGCUGGUGAGCCCAACCCUUCCCGGAAAGGGAGGUAUGAUGGGGGCACCUCUUAUCUCGCUUUCAGCUCCCAUCCCUCCAUAGGUCUUAAAAACGAUGAUAAUGUGAUCUGUUCAAAUAAGCAGAUGUUCCAGAAUUGAGGACGGGGACGCAGAGUCAUCCCCUGAACAGCGCUGACCUCUCCUGCGGGAAGGAUAACAGGAAACUGCCUCAUGCUACCACUGGUCUGUUCAGGCCAUCACUGGCUCAUCUGAUUGGCAGCAGCUGUCCAGCAGUUUUUCUUUCCGGAUUUGACACACGUAGCAAAGAAAACCCCAACAUGCCAACUGUGGUGGUGGUGGACGUGUCCCUCUCCAUGACCCGGCCAGUCUCUGUGGAGGGUUCCGAAGAGUAUCAGCGAAAGCAUCUCGCUGCCCACGGCCUGACCAUGCUGUUUGAACACAUGGCUACCAACUACAAACUGGAAUUCACUGCCUUGGUUGUGUUUUCAUCCCUCUGGGAGCUGAUGGUGCCCUUCACAAGGGACUACAACACACUCCAGGAAGCUCUAAGCAAUAUGGAUGACUACGACAAGACUUGCUUAGAGACAGCCCUGGUUGGGAUCUGCAGCAUUGUGCAGCAGGAAUGGGGGUCAGCCGUUCCCUGUCAGGUGGUUCUUGUCACCGACGGCAGCUUAGGCAUCGGCAAGGGCUCUCUCCGCUACUCCUUAGCAACUCUCAACCAGCGGAAAGAGAAUCGCUUCCCGUUGCCUUUCCCUUUCCCAUCCAAGUUGUACAUCAUGUGCAUGGCCAAUCUGGAAGAGUUGCAGAGCUCCGAUUCUUUAGACUGUCUUGAACGCCUUAUAGACUUAAACAACGGGGAAGGGCAGAUCUUUACUAUUGACGGACCCCUGUGCUUGAAGAACGUGCAGUCCAUGUUCGGAAGGCUGAUAGACGUGGCUUACACCCCUUUCCACGCAGUUCUGAAAUGCGGUCACUUGUCUUCGGACGUGCAAGCAUUUCCCAGGCCGGAGCCUUUUGUGAUCGACGAAGAGAUAGAUCUGACCCCGAGAACUAUUAACACAGACUUGGAGAUCGUUGGAUUUAUAGACAUAGCAGAUAUUUCCAGCCCCCCUGUCUUGUCUAGGCAUUUGGUAUUGCCCAUUGCCCUCAACAAAGAAGGAGACGAAAUGGGAUCAGGGAUUGCCGACGAUGCGGAAGACGAGAAUUCAGCCAAUCAGAUCGCGGGCAAGAUCCCCAACUUCUGCGUGCUGUUGCACGGGAGCCUUAAAGUGGAAGGCAUGGUGGCAAUAGUCCAGUUAGGGCCAGAAUGGUACGGGAUGCUGUAUUCCCAAGCCGACAGCAAGAAGAAGUCCAACUUGAUGAUGUCCCUCUUUGAGCCAGGCCCGGAACCUCUUCCAUGGUUGGGCAAGAUGGCCCAGCUUGGCCCCAUCUCAGAUGCCAAAGAGAAUCCGUACGGGGAGGAUGAUAAUAAGAGCCCCCCUUACUUACAACCCAAGAAUUAAAGCGCCGAGAUGGUCAUGAGAGAUGUCACAGUGUGGAUUAAACCCAACGGCCUCCAGACAGAUGUCCAGAAGAUCCUCAGGAACGCCCGGAAGCUCCCAGAAAAGACUCAGACCUUCUACAAGGAGUUGAACCGCUUACGAAAGGCUGCUUUGGCGUUCGGGUUUUUGGACCUUCUGAAAGGAGUGGCGGAUAUACUUGAAAGGGAAUGCACCCUUCUUCCGGACACGGCCCACCCGGAUGCUGCUUUCCAGCUGACCCACGCUGCCCAGCAACUCAAGAUGGCCAGCACCGGCAACUCCAGCUACGCAACUUUUGACCACAACAUCACCCCACUGCAGACGGACUUCUCUGGCAGCGGGACGGACCGGCUGUGAGGCCCGAAAGCUUUGGCUGGCCCCCUAAUUGUGUCCGGGGGUGUGUGUGUCUUUCAUCUCUUCAUUGCUGUCUCUGAACAGUGAGGGCAGACUUCCUUUUUAUUAUUAAAUACAUUCUUUUUGUA